AUGCCCGGAACAACCCCUCAUCCCCUCAUCCACAUCAAUGGCUUCCCCGGUGCCGGAAAGUUGACCGUCGCCCAACACCUUCUCGAGCGUGUUGCCCUCUCAGCAAAUCUCAAACUAAUCCACAACCACCUUCUCAUCAAUCCCGCCGACGCUGUCCUCCACCGCACCCAGCCGGGGUACCAGUCACUUCGGCGCGCUCUGCGCACUGCUAUUUUCUCGUCCCUAGCGACUGAGCCCGCGACCUUCAAUACAACCUAUAUGUUCACCGACUUCCAAACGGCAAAUCAACAAGGUGCUAGUGUGUGUGCAGAAUACGCGCAGGCCGCGAAGGAUCGAGGAUGUCUACUGAUUCCGAUUGUUUUGACAUGUGAUGAAGAUGAGAAUAUCAAGCGCAUGACGCAGUCGGAGCGCGAAAAACAUGCAAAGCUUAUGGACGUGGAGCUGCUAAGGAUGUUUCGCAAGGGAACACCAAUUUUCGAAUUUAGCGAUAGGAAGGAGUUUUUGAAGAUCGAUGUGACUCAUCUGGAGCCCGAGGAGGUCGCGAAGAUUAUUUGGGAGCAUGUUUUGCUGUUUUAUCCUGUUUGA